UAUAUAUCUUCGCCUAUUCUGAUCUGCUGAAAAAAAGCACUCAAACACGAAGAUGGACGGCCACCACCACAACACCCGCCACCACGAUCGCCGAGAAGAAGAAUACAACCACCCGCCUCCUCCACCGCAAGUUCACCACACCGGGCCAGCGCCGCCUCAAGUGCACCACACCGGCCCCACUCCAAACGCGCCGCCAGUCUACACAGUGAACGCCCACAAUCCAUCGCCGCCGCAAGUCCAUCACACCUCCCACACCUCCUACUCUCCUCCUCCGCCGCCGCACGUGCCAAGCCACAGCCCGGCGCCCGCCGCCCACCACCAGCCUAAUGCUCCGGCCCACAACGAGCUGGCAAAUAAACCUUCUGUGAGGAUGUAUUGUAAGGCUGAGCCCAAUUUCUCCUUGACCAUUCGCGAGGGGAAGGUUGUUCUUGCGCCGUCGAAUUCCGCCGAUCCUUUGCAGCACUGGAUAAAAGAUGAGAAGUUUAGCACGAGAGUCAAGGACAAAGAGGGCUUCCCAAGUUUUGCUUUGGUCAACAAAGCCACUGGACAAGCCAUGAAGCACUCUAUUGGUGCUACUCAACCUGUGGAGUUAACUCCUUACAAUUCCAACAAACUCGAUGAAUCCAUUUUGUGGACUGAGAGCAAGGACUUAGGCGAUGGCUAUCACGCAGUGAGGAUGGUCAGCAACAUCAAACUAAACGUGGAUGCAUUCAACGGGGAUAAGAACCAUGGUGGCGUCCACGAUGGCACUAGAAUCGUGCUCUGGGAGUGGAAGAAGGAUUCAAAUCAACGCUGGAAGAUCGUCCCAUUCUGAUUGAUUGCAUCUCGUGGAUCUCUUGCGUGGAUGUGUGUUUGUUGUCGAGUGGUUUAUUUUACUAC